AAAGUUGUAAGUUGGACCCAGCCACUGGGUAAUUUAGCAACUUAGACUGUCUCAAAAUUAAAAAUAUAUAAAUAAAUAGGGUUGGGGAUGUAGCUCAGUGUAAAGGUCCUGGAUUCAAAGUACCAUCCCAACCCUCACAAAAAAGUGAUCCUCCCUUUUCAGCUUCCCAAGUGCUGAGACUACAGGCAGGCACCACUGUGUCUGGGUUCUUUGUGCUGUUUUAAUGCUUAAGCAUUGUAACUUUGCAUAUGGCUUUUGGAAAUUUUUGUUCUUAGGAUAAAUUUCUGGAAGUGGGCUUUCUGUAUUCCAGAGUUUGCCACUUAUCUGGCACUGUGGAGCAAUUACACUUCUAAGAGUUGUGCCAAUUUGCUUCUGGAAAGAUUUCCAGCGUCAAUGUGGUGUAAGAAAUGUGUAAGCCAGAAAGGGCCUGAGAUGGUGAAGGAGAUACAGGAUUUAAGGGCUGAACAAGGAGUGGAGAUGGCAGAGUUGCUCUUUCUUCCUCCCUCAGGCUUGAGCCAGCCGGUUUCAAGCUCCAUGAGUAUUUGAGUGAGGUAACUUUAGGGAGGGCUUUUCCCAGAGCCUGGCUCUCUUCGGCUGCAUAGUUCUGUAGCUUUGCUGGAUCAUGUAGGAAGCAGGGGCAUUAAGUUAAAGUAGUUUUGUUGUUCUAGUUUUUGUGUAUUAUGUUAAAGUGGAAUUUAGGCUCCUCCCAAACUGUCACCUGGCCAAUUUGAUAACUGUGUGGUCCCUUGAGGAUCACCCUGCUCCUUGGGUUUAUUCACCAACCAGUAACAACUUUAGGGUAAAAAGUCAAGGAAUCAAGUGUGUUUUCUGAAUGGAGAAAAAAAUUGCUAGGUAGGAGAUGAUGUAGUCAGGUGUCAUGUAUGAAUCAGAGGUUUUCUAAAGGAGGGAACCAUUGAACAAUGCUUGAAAAGAGUAGGGUCAGGUGUGGUGGCAUACUUGUAAUUCCAGCACUUGGGAGGCUGAGGCAGGAGGAUUGCUGUAAGUUGGAGGGUAGCCUGAACUGCAUAGCAAGACCCUCCUAAAAAAACCAAAAAAAGAAAAGAAAAAGAAAAUAGGGUGGGGCUAUGGGACUGGCUGUUUGCUAGGCACAGUUCACCACAGAGGGUGCUGCCCCCUGGAUAUUGGACCGUGUGAGAUGGGUGUCCCCUGUCUCAUGGCUGUACAGCCAGCAGGGACUUCUGGGUAUUGAGGUCCAUGCCCCACCAGGCAGGGUUGCCACUACAUGUGAGUUUCUCUUUCCACCUCUUCCCCUGCCUUCCAGCAUUUUAGGCCCUUGGUGAGCCUCCAGCCAUGGGGGAUAUGAAAACCCCUGAUUUUGAUGAUCUUCUUGCUGCCUUCGACAUCCCAGACCCCACAAGCCUUGAUGCCAAGGAGGCCAUCCAGACUCCCAGUGAGGAGAAUGAGAGUCCCCUCAAGCCCUCAGGCAUGUGUCUGGAUGAGAGCGUGCCCCUGUCUCACUCAGGAUCUGCCCCGGAUGUGCCGGCUGUGAGUGUCAUUGUCAAGAACACCAGCCGCCAAGAGUCCUUUGAGGCGGAGAAAGACCAUGUCACCCCUAGCCUCCUGCACAAUGGCUUCCGGGGUCCAGAUCUGCCUCCAGAAUCGCCCAACUGUGGAAAGUUUGACUCCACUUUCUUAAAUGGAGACAGUGCCAGGAGUUUCUCUGGAAAGCUGGAACCUCCCAAGUCUGAGCCAUUACCCACCUUCAACCAGUUCAGCCCGAUCUCUAGCCCAGAGCCUGAGGAUUCCAUCAAAGAUAAUGGGUUUAGAAUAAAGCCCAAGCACUCGGACAGUUAUUUUCCACCCCCUCCUGGGUGUGGGACCGCGGCGGGCCCAGUCCUGGAGGUACUGACCAAGUUUCCAGUCCCGGAACUGCACAUGUUUGAUCACUUUUGUAAGAAAGAACCCAAGCCCGAGCCCUUACCCUUGGAGAGUCAGGAGGAGUGCUCUCAGGGUGAGCAGAAGGUAGUGGAGCCCCACAGAGAGCUGGAUUCCAGUCAAUUCUUUGGGGAAGCUUUGGAGUUCGACAGCCACCCUGGCCACAGUGUCAGUGAGCCCAAGAAGCCCAUUCCGCAGCUGGGAGCCUGCUCAUCUGUGCCCCCCAGGCAGCGCCUCAAGCCUGCUCAUUCCAGGCUGUCAUCCUGUGUUGCAGCCUUAGUGGCCUUACAGGCCAAAAGGGUGGCUAGUGUCACCAAGGAGGAUCAAUCUGGCCACACAAAGGAUCCCUCGGGGGCCACCAAAGAGGGUUCCAAAGGUAGCCCCAAAAUGCCCAAGUCACCAAAGAGUCCCCGGAGCCCUCUGGAGGCUACUCGGAAAAGCAUAAAGCCAUCGGACAGCCCACGGAGCAUCUGCAGUGACGGCAGCAGCAGAGGCUCUCCGUCUGUGGCUGCCAGCUCCCCGCCAGCCAUCCCCAAAGUCAGAAUCAAAACCAUCAAGACAUCGUCAGGGGAAAUCAAACGGACUGUUACCAGGAUCCUGCCAGACCCUGAUGAUCUAAGUAAGUCCCCUGUGGAGUCACCUGUAGGGAGUGCCAUUGCUGAGGCCACAGGCGAGGUGCCAGGGGAAGAGGGCACAGCCCUGCCUGUGGAGGGGCACCUUUCUGAGGCAGGCACAAAUUCAGGGAGCCCCCAGGGUGACAGGAAAGGGGACGAGAAUGUGACAAAGGCUGGUGACUCUUCAUCUCCCUGCGAGAGCUCUGCACCCCUGGUCCCCAAGGGGGUGGCCCAGAGCUCGAAGAUGGGCAAGAAGCAACAGAGCAUGGCUGCACAGGCCUUGGCCCCUACCAGUCUCCUGCCCAAAGCCGUGCACCUGGCCAACCUCAACCUGGUCCCCCACAGCGUCGCUGCAUCUGUGACGGCCAAAUCCUCUGCACAGAGACAGAGCCAGCCCCAGCUCACACAGAUGUCAGUGCCCCUGGUGCACCAGGUGAAGAAGGCCGCCCCCCUGAUUGUGGAAGUCUUCAACAAGGUCCUGCACAGCUCUAACCCCGUGCCCCUCUAUGCACCGAAUCUCAGCCCUCCUGCAGACAGCAGGAUCCAUGUGCCGGCCAGUGGGUACUGCUGCUUGGAGUGCGGGGACGCAUUUGCCUUAGAGAAGAGUCUGAGCCAGCACUACAGCCGGCGCAGUGUCCACAUCGAGGUGCUGUGCACUCUCUGCUCACAGACACUGCUCUUCUUCAAUAAGUGCAGCCUGCUCCGGCAUGCCCGAGACCAUAAGAGCAAGGGGCUUGUCAUGCAGUGCUCUCAGCUGCUUGUGAAGCCCAUUGCUGCUGACCAGAUGUUCGUGUCGGCGCCAGCCAGCACCCCGGCCCUGGCGGCCCUGGCCCCCUCCUCAUCUCCCAAACAUGGUGCCCCCUCAGGCAACAGCAGCUCCCCGCCUCCAGCUUUUCCACUCUACCCAGACCCCGUGAGGCUCAUCCGGUACGGAACCAAAUGUCCUGAAUGUCACAAGCAGAUGCAGGACUACAUGGUCCUGGCUGCACAUUUCCAGAGGACAUCGGAGGAAACCGAGGGGCUGACGUGCCAGGUGUGCCAGAUGCUUCUGCCCAACCAGUGCAGCUUCUGUGCACACCAGCGGAUUCACGCGCACAAGUCCCCCUACUGCUGCCCAGAGUGUGGAGUCCUCUGUCGCUCCGCCUACUUCCAGACCCAUGUCAAGGAGAAUUGCCUGCACUAUGCCCGCAAGGUGGGCUACAGGUGCAUCCACUGUGGUGUUGUCCACCUGACCUUGGCCUUGCUAAAAAGCCACAUCCAGGAGCGACACUGCCAAGUUUUCCACAAAUGUGCAUUCUGCCCCAUGGCCUUCAAGACUGCCAGCAGCACUGCGGACCACAGCACUACCCAGCACCCCACCCAGCCCCACAAACCCUCCCAGCUCAUUUAUAAGUGUUCCUGUGAGAUGGUCUUCAACAAGAAGAGGCAUAUUCAGCAGCAUUUUUACCAGAAUGUCAGCAAGACACAGGCGGGUGUCUUCAAGUGCCCAGAGUGCCCGCUCUUGUUCCUGCGGAAGCCAGAGCUGAUGCAGCACGUCAAGAACACCCACGGCGUUCCCCGGAAUGUGGACGAGCUGUCCAGCCUGCAGUCUGCAGCGGACACGUCCUCAAGCCGCCCUGGCUCUCGAGUGCCCAUGGAGCCCCAGGCUUCUAGUGUGGCUGCCCGAGGCAGCUCCCUAUCCUCAGGCCGCUGGGGCAGGCCAGAAGCCCAUCGUAGGGCUGAAACCAGGACCCGGCUGAGGAGCACGGGCUGGACCUGCCAGGAGUGCCAGGAGUGGGUUCCUGACCGAGAGAGCUAUGUGUCCCACAUGAAAAAGAGCCAUGGGCGGAUGCUGAAGAGGUACCCAUGUCGGCAGUGUGAACAGUCCUUCCACACCCCGAACAGCCUGCGAAAACACAUCCGCAACAACCACGACACCGUGAAGAAGGUCUACACAUGUGGGUACUGUACUGAGGACCCUCCCAGCUUCCCUCGGCCUUCCCUCCUGGAGAGCCACAUCAGCCUUAUGCACGGGAUCAGGAGUCCUGAUCUGAGCCAGACGUCCAAAGUCAUAACUCCGGACGGACAUUCCCCUCAGGUGAACCAUCUGAAAAGACCCCUCAGCGGAGCAGGGGAUUCUCCGGGCACCAGCAACGGCGCUACUGUCCCUCCCCUAAAAAGGCACAAAUCCCUCUUUCAGUGCGCAAAAUGUAGCUUUGCCACGGGCUCGGGGCUGGAGUUCCAGAGCCACAUACCUCAGCACCAGGUGGACAGCUCCACAGCCCAGUGUCUCCUCUGCGGCUUGUGCUACACCUCCACCAGCUCCCUCAGCCGCCACCUCUUCAUUGUCCACAAAGUGCGAGACCAGGAGGAGGAGGAGGAAGAGGAGGAAGAGAUAGUGGAGGUGAAGGUGGAGGUGUCUGAGCCAGAGGAGGGCUCUGGGGAGGAAGUGGCCAUGGAAACGAGAGAGAAUGGACUGGAGGAAUGUGCUGGUGGGCCUUUGUCAGCUGACCCAGAGGCGAGGGGACCGCUGGGCCUUGGCCUGGCAGAGGACCAGGCCCAGGAUGCACAGAGACAGCCACAGACCUCUCAGGACCAGGACAGCCUUACAUUGUCCCCUCAGGUGUGACCAGAGGCUUGGCAGUGUGUGUGGCCAGGGUGGGGCCCCAGUGUCUCCCACUGCCUCUCAGACCAUGGAAGUCAAAGGCUGUGCCCUUGGGAGUGUGGCCACUGUGCCCUGAGCUGUGGUGCACUGUGUCCCCAGCUGCAGGAAAGAUGGGGUACCCAGGACCCUCCCAGCUCUGAAUUCGCUUCUGUUAUUUAUGGCUUUGUGCUGCUUCUUGGUACCCAACUCUUGUCUGUGUCCUUCCAAUUCCAGGCUGCUUAUGUGGUCCCACCCCAAUGCUGUCAGCUCAGCUUGAACCCAAGUCCUUGACCUGUGCUUAUCUGGGAGGCCCUGAUGGCUGCCUUCAGCCGGGGGUGCCGCUCAGAGGCUGAGAAGGAGGGGAGGAGGCCACAUGCGACAUAGUCCCUCUGGGAGAGAGCUCUACUCAGCCUGGCUUGGCAAGGGCCCUCGAUCACCUUGCCUUUCCUUCCUGUCUUUUCUGGUGCUUUUCCCCAAAAAUGGUCCUGAGAACUAAUUGUCACUCUGGCUCCUCAUGUCUGUGUGGGUGGGAGAAGCUUGAACACACCUUUGUUUGGAACUGGGGAUGGCAGGAGGUGUGGCCGAGGCAGGCAGGUGCAGAGAGCCAAGCCCCUUGAGAAGGCGCUGGGGGCGGGUGGGCCCUUGCUCUGGUGCUGUGCUGCCUUCCCUGACCAUGGGGCUCAGGGCACACAGACAUGGGAAUGUGUGUGUUCUCGCUCCUAUGCCAUUAGAGAGGCUGCUGCCAUGGCAGGCCAGCCCCUCUUGCUCUUGGCUGCACUCAUGUUCCUCAGACUAUAUUUCAAUAAAAACUCUUCUUACCAUGCAGGUAGGCUCUUGUAUUCCUGUCUGAGUCAGUUGGCCCUUCCCUGCUCCCACCGAGGCCCCUUCCAGGGGAGAAGACCAGGAGCUUGUGCUCAGCUCCCUGGAGACCCUCUGUAGAAGCAGGAUCUCAGCACCAGUCCAGAGUCAGCUCAGAGGUCUCCCUGAGGCUGAUGGCAUUGACUGUAAGGCCUGUUGAAGUCUUCUUGGGUGUCUCCCUCUUUCCUAAAGAGGAGCUUUACACUGAAGGAAACCCUCUAUGGGUGAUGGGGUGGAGAGCAGGAAUUCUGUCCUUUUCCUGCAGCAUUAGAGACCUUGUUGUUGCCUCUGCCACAGGGAAUUCAGGGUGGCAGAGCUGGGAGUAAACUUGGGGGACGGUGGGGCUAUCUUCACUGGUGGUGGAGUUGGGGCUGCCCCGGGCCUGGGGUUGGCCCUGCAGGUCUAGUGCAGUCCUGGUGCAUGGUGCCCACUGGGUUCUUAGGGGUAAUCAUUCAUGGGAGGCGUGAGUUGCAGUUAUAAAUUAAGUCAGAUAAAAUAUGCCUGACCUUUCCACAAUUGAAACAAAAACCAGUUUUUUCUCCCUGUAUCAAAUGCCAGAUUGUUAGUGAAAUGCUAAUGGCAGUAGGAAAGGUUGGUGCUGCCUUAGUUUCAGAGACUCUGGCACCCAUAGCAUUUUUAAUUGCUCUUCCUGGCAAGGCCACCCCUCUUGCUCCCCCAGCUGCCUGAAGAGCCAGAGCCAGCUCCAGACCCCAGCUCCAUUCAUUAGAUCAGGUCCCGGAGGAGGUGCAGAGAGGGGUGUGGGGUGGAUGCCUGAAGUCUGUCCUGCUCAGAAACAGGUAGUUGAGCACAGGCAGAGGAGAUGGGGUGGCCACAGGCUCAGCCACCUGUCCUCAGUCCAGACUUAUGUCCCUGUGCUGUGGAGGAAUGCCAAGCUGCUUGCUGGGCACCUGGGGGCAGGGCCUGGUGCCUGCUCAUAGCCAGCUCUUAGCAAACCCCCAGCCUCACCGGUCUCUCCUCUUCCAAGUGGAACUGGUAUCUCUAUCCAGCUCCCUCACAGGCUCUUAUGAGGUCAUGCACAUGCCAGCUGUUUCUGAUUUAUAAAACAUACAAAGGUGGAGAGGCUGUACUUGACCUUUGGGUUUGGAGGUGGCACCCACCUGUGUCUCUUCACCCUGGGAUGCUGCUUAUCAGCUAAGCAUUGGUGGGGAGAGCAUUACUUCUCUGUGAUUUAGUAAUUGUGAUGUUGUAUUUUAAGCUCUGCUCACAUGCCCAGCAUCUUUCUAGACAUUUUCUAGUGACACUAAUCCUCACAAAGAUCCCAAUUAUCCCCCAUUUUACCAAGAAAACUGAGGCUGAGAUGUUAAAGGACAGAUGUGUCAGGCCACCUGUGACGAUGGUGCUGUGUCAAGCCCAUCAAGCCCUCUGCUGUCUUAGUGACCAUGGCUGCUUUGGCUGCCACCCAGCCCAUCAAUUGCCCAGAGGCCUGCUUUUCUACUUCCCUAACAUUUGGGAUGCUUCCAAGUGAAGACCAUUUAUGCCCCCUUACUCCUAGAGGGGACCUGCAUGUCACCCCUGCUGAACCAGUAGCAUCCUGGGACUGGUCAUUCCCAUUGGGGUUUCCUCUGUCAUUUGAAGACUGUUGUUUUUUGAGGACUGUCCAGGAAAGGUUGCCCAGUCCAGCAUCUUCUGAUCUCAUCUCUUUCACGGUGUUUUGAAUGGGCAUGAUGUCAUUUGUUAUCAGCACAGAAUGCUGGCUAUAAUGGGUGCUUAACUGCCUGCAAGGAGAGCUCCGAAGAUUGAGUUAAACAGAUAAGACCCUCACUACCAUUUAAUACGCUCUGAGCCUUGACAAAUGCCUACUAUUUGUUCUCUAACUGCUUUAUCUCUGUAAAAUGAUAUGUUGAAUUACUAUGAGCUAACUGUUGUAGAAAGAAUUUUCCCCUUAACGUAUGUAAACUGUCUGGUUUAAAACAAAAACAAAAAAAACUUAACAGUUGUGGCCCACACUUUGCCUUCCCCAAGACUAAGGAACCUCCGUCCCAUUCACUACUGUAUAUUUAGAUCUGGCAGUUUCCUUUAUUUUUUGUUUUGAAAAAUUAAUACAUACACAUGGUAAAACAUCCAACAGUACAGAGCAUACAAUAAAAAGUAACCUUCCAACAGGGGCCAAGCUCCAAAGCCCUUGUCCAGUUAACUGCUGCUGUCUAUAUCCUGUGUAUUCUUUCAAAGCGAUUCUAUGCAUUUACAAGUUUUAAAAUAUGUAUAUUUAUAUAUCUAUUUUUAAUACAAACAGUAGCAUUCUA